AUGACUUCGUAUGAGAGUGUAUCGAACGUAUCGUCACUGGUAUAUGAUGCUAAUCAGACGGUUGUAAACACAACAAGUGCAGCGAGUAUUUUGAGACCAACUGAAACGAUUCUCAUCGGUUUCCAUCUUGGUGAAGUUAUCAGUAUUGUUUGCAUUGUACUUGGUACUGCUGGUAAUACAGCACUCCUUUUGGCCAUUUAUCAUUCAUCAUUUUGUCGUUUUCCAUACGGUUUACUUCUUAUUCUCAUCGCUGUAUUUGACAUUGUUCGUCUAUUUUCGGUUAUAAUUUAUUAUCUUCUACAAGCAGAUAUCAUUCCAAUAAACACAGUCAUUUCAACUGUAUAUAUUGUAUUCUAUCGUUAUGGGAAAAUCGUGACCAAUUGGUUGAAAGUUAUCCUCGCUAUUGAACGAUUGAUAACUGUCAAAUACUGGUCAGUAAAUCGGUACAAUGUUCAUUCAAAGAAAAUGACGAUUGAUCAACGCUUGAAGCAACGGCGACUAAUAUUUUUAAUUUUGCUCUUACUCAUCUGUGCUCUCAUCAGUCAACAUGUGAAUUUCAUACCGAGUCGUUACAUCAAAUCAUACAUCGAUCCUGUUCGAUUAUUCUUAAUAAAUGUACCUAAUCCACACUUUUACUAUGGUCCACACGUUUAUAAUCCCGUGUUACUAAUGAUUAUAAGUUACAUUUUAAUUGAUGAUGUUUUACCGGUAACAGCAUUGUUGUCGAAAGAUAGUUGA